UCGGACUCCCCUUCUGUGAAGAUGUCCCAGUCAUCUCCAGCUGAUGAAGGUACAACGUUUGAACACCUCUGGAGCACACUGGAACCAGACAGCACCUACUUUGACCUCCCUCCAUCCAAUCACACAGGCAGCCACGAGGUCUCCAACCGCACGGAGGUCACAAUGGACGUCUUCCAGAUGAGGAGCAUGAACGAUUCAGUUAUGUCCCAGUUUAAUUUGCUGAACAACAGCAUGGAUCAGAGCAUCGGCAGCAGAGCAGCCUCCACCAGCCCUUACAGCUCCGAGCACACCUCCAAUGUCCCAACGCAUUCACCCUACUCGCAGCCCAGCUCUACCUUCGACGCCAUGUCCCCAGCUCCCGUCAUCCCCUCCAACACUGACUACCCUGGGCCCCACCACUUUGAGGUGACUUUCCAGCAAUCCAGCACGGCCAAGUCAGCCACUUGGACAUACUCCCCGCUGCUGAAGAAACUCUACUGUCAGAUCGCCAAGACAUGUCCCAUCCAGAUCAAGGUGUCCCCCCCGCCGCCGCCGGGCACCAUCGUCCGGGCCAUGCCCGUCUACAAGAAAGCGGAGCACGUGACGGAAGUGGUGAAGCGCUGCCCCAACCACGAGCUCGGGCGGGACUUCAACGAUGGCCAGUCAGCCCCAGCCAGCCACCUCAUCCGGGUGGAAGGCAACAACCUCUCCCAGUACGUGGACGACCCUGUCACGGGACGGCAGAGCGUGAUGGUGCCCUACGAGCCCCCCCAGGUGGGGACCGAGUUCACCACUAUUCUGUACAACUUCAUGUGCAAUAGCAGCUGCGUGGGAGGAAUGAACAGGAGACCCAUCCUCAUCAUCAUAACGCUGGAAACGAGAGAUGGCCAGGUCCUGGGAAGGAGGUCGUUUGAAGGACGGAUCUGUGCCUGUCCUGGCAGAGACCGGAAAGCUGAUGAAGACCAUUACCGAGAGCAACAAGCCCUGAAUGAGAGUGCAGCUAAAAAUGGCAACGCCAACAAACGCACUUUCAAACAGAGCCCCCAGGGGAUCCCAGCACUGGGGGCUGGCAUCAAGAAACGGCGGCACGGGGAGGAGGAGAUGUACUACGUGCCUGUGCGAGGCCGGGAGAACUUCGAGAUCCUGAUGAAGAUAAAGGAGAGCCUGGAACUGGUGGAGCUGGUCCCGCAGCAGCUGGUUGACUCUUACCGGCAGCAGCAGCAGCAGCUUCUGCAAAGGCAGAGUCACUUGCAGACACCUUCGUCCUAUGGUCCUGUCCUUUCGCCUAUGAACAAAGUUCACGGAGGAGGGAUCAACAAGCUGCCAUCUGUCAACCAGCUGGUGGGGCAGCCACCGCAGCACAGCUCCGGCUCGGCGCCCAGCCUGGGGCCCAUGGGACCAGGAAUGUUAAACAGUCACCCCAUGCAACCCAACGGAGAAAUGAACGGAGGCCACUCGUCCCAGUCGAUGGUCUCAGGGUCGCACUGCACCCCUCCUCCGCCCUACAACCCUGAUCCCAGCCUUGUCAGUUUUUUAACAGGAUUGGGGUGUCCAAACUGCAUCGACUAUUUCACCUCACAAGGGUUACAGAAUAUUUACCACCUGCAGAACCUAUCCAUAGAGGAUCUCGGAGCACUGAAGAUCCCAGAGCAGUACAGGAUGAUCAUCUGGAGAGGCCUUCAGGAUCUCAAGCAGAGCCACGACUACGGGGCCCAGCAGCUCAUCCGCUCCAGCAGCAACGCCUCCACCAUCUCCAUCGGCAGCUCCGGCGAGCUGCAGCGGCAGCGCGUCAUGGAGGCCGUGCACUUCCGCGUGCGUCACACCAUCACCAUCCCUAAUCGCAGCGGGGCUGACGAGUGGGCAGACUUUGGCUUUGACCUCCCAGACUGCAAAUCUCGCAAACAGUCCAUAAAAGAAGAGUUCACAGAGGGAGAGAUCAACUGAAGGUCUCCACAGAAGGCAGCAGUAAGAGACUGGACACUGAGUUAAAAGAAUACAGAAAAAAAUGAAAGCCCAUCUGAAAAACAGCAGAUUAUUUUCAGCCUUGAGCAUCCGGCUGAAAACGUAGUUCCACCGGACAGACGGGAACUCCAAGCCACGUGAGAAGGCAUGGUCCUGACCCAUUCGUUAGGCUUCUUCCCCUGAAAGGAAAUUUCAGGGGUUUUAUCAGAGGAUCAAGGGGAAGGAAAGGGCAGCUGAAACAACUCAUGAAAUGGAACGCAAAGAUUUUCCAACGGAGCAAGAGUCAUUUGCCGGUUUAUAAUGCUACUUUAUAUUUUACUGGACCAUCCCUACAUCAGAGAUGCAGCAUAAAGAUAGCACAUACAUUUUUCUGUUAGCAAGACUCACCUUCCUUUCUCCUUGUCUAUCCCUGCUCCAUAUUCUCAAUGAUGUCCAAACCCUACAGGUCUUUGUCAUUGUAAAAAUGGGUUUUUACAUCUGCUCCGUUUUCUGUAAAGAUGUCUGCCAUUGACAGAUACAAAGCAACGAAAGCCAUCUCUUUCCUGAUGGGCUGCCAAAAAGUAUCCGUCUCCCUCAGUUCUUUGUAGAGCAGAAAAACAACCUGUUUGUCAAUUACAGAUGUGUUCAUGUACCUAAAUAUUUGUGUAUAUAGACAGACCACAAUGUACAUACAGUAUACUCAUUGUGCUGUAAGCGGAAAAAAAGAUUUAUUUUCAUGUAAGCUAUAAAAAUUGAUACUUACUCCUGAGACACUACAGUGUCAAGUAAAUUAAUUUCCUACUCUAGCCUGUGAACAUGCAGAAAUCACAUUUUCAAGCCUUAUCCACCAAAAAUUCAAGUGGUUUUUUCCCCUCUGAGUAUCCUUCCCGCGACUGCAGAGCAGGGCGUGAGCCUGUGAAUUCUCUUUGGGAGUCGGAGUUGUGUAAAAUCAGUCCCUGCACUGUCAGAGGAGUUUUGAAGACAGGUCAGAUCGAGCUGUCAGGAACGAGGUAGGUGUAAAGUUGAUCCUACCUCGACGUAAGGCCACGGACUGGGUGACUCUGCGAGAUGGUUCUGCUUUUCUUUUCUGUUAGCUCGAGUCUUAUCCAAAGCUCCCUGUGUUGCCAGCCGACUCGUAGCCCAGCCUGAUGCUGGCCUUUUGCAUUAGCUUACCGGAACGAAAGCUGCUCAUAGUUGUGCCAGGGUGGCACGCAGUAACCGCCUUCACCUCACUGCUGGGUAGAACUAACUGCUUUUAUUCCUUCCCAGCUGUUGCUGACAUGUUCUGGUGAUCUUUUUCGAGGCAUAAUUUAGCUGUUGAUUCAACUCGAGAAGAACUCGGCAGAAAGUGAUGCAAGCAGCUGUAUUCCCUCCCUCCCUCCCUCCCGCUAGCAAGCGAAACAUUUUGAAGGCGAGAGUCCGCAACAAGCACCUGGAAGGCCCCUCGCAGAGGCUAAUGGUCCAUGGAAAGAGGGGGGGGAGGAAGCUCCUUCUUGCACCCUCCUAAGCUUGGGCUGCUCUCGAUUUCGCACAGCCCAGGGGGACGUAGGCAGAAGUGAUGUUGCCCUCCCAGUGCGGCAUCUCGCCUCCCGCGGUCCCUCCGCGCUGGAGACCUCCCGGGGGGGCAGAGCUACGACCGCUUCCCACGGCGCUGGCGCAAGAGACGCCUCCCUCCCCCGGCCUGGGAGGGACGGAGCCCUCCUUCGCGCAGGCCUAGCCCUUCUGCCCGGUAAAGUUAAAGAGGAAGGCGAGAGUCCCACCUGCGAAGUUCAGUGCUCGCCUCGCAGCUACAUCUCCUCCUCCUCCUCCUCACAGGCCGGUGUUUGUCCUCACUCAAAGGAAAGAGCAUAGGGAAACCGAGCGCGGACGCUGCGUGGGCUGUGCCAGUCGCACCGGGGCCCAGCUCCUUCCUCGCUCGCGUUUGCCGCGGCCGCGAGCGGCUGGAAGCCUGGGGCGCGCAGGGAGCGCGGGCAGCGGUGCCUCCGGCCUCCCUCCCUCCCGCGUGCCUGGCCACCGCCGCCGGCCUCUGCCCUUCCCUCCCGCCCCGCGGGAGCGGCGAGGCAGCGCUCCGCAGCCCCUCUCCCCUCUACACUACACCUGGUAGGACGGGACUCCGUCGUCGUUGCUGAAAUGUGAACCUAUGUCCUAAAAUAACGGCUUAUUAAAGCACUUUAAGGCUUUAAAGGCUUUACAACCAUCAGUUGUGUUUUCAAUGUUAACUAAGGCUUCUUCCAGCAGUAUUAAUUGCUUUACUCCAACCAUGUUAUGGAUGGUAUUUUUUGUAAUGUUACCUUUGGAAAAUGUGUUAUUUUUAUAGCUGUAUUUGUUUUUUGUUUUUUUGUUUUUGUAACACAAUAAAAGCACAUGUCCGAAUUACAA